GUAAAGGCGCCGCAGGUUUAUGCGCGUGACUGUUGCAUAAAACAUUAUUACAGCACUUCAGUUGUUCUCUUGUUGUGACAGGUUUCUACGUCUUCUCUAGUUUAUUUCUAUACUUUACUGAGCACUGGGUGCUUGGAGGUGAUCAUGGGCAAGAGCUGUAAGGUGGUGGUGUGUGGUCAGGGAUCCGUGGGGAAGACUGCUGUCCUGGAGCAGCUGCUGUACGCCAAUCAUGUCGCAGGUUCAGAGACCAUGGAGACAUUGGAGGACAUUUACAUCGGCUCUGUGGAAACGGACCGCGGCACCCGAGAGCAGCUGCGCUUUUACGACACGCGCGGUCUGCGCGAUGGUCACGAGUUUCCGCGGCACUACUUCACUUUCGCCGACGGCUUCGUGCUCGUCUACAGCAUCGACAGCAAAGAGUCCUUCAAACGCGUGGAGGCCCUGAAGAAAGAGAUCGACCGCUGCCGCGAUAAGAAAGAGGUGACUAUUGUUGUUGUGGGUAAUAAGUUGGACCUGCAGGAUCAGAGGAGGGUGGACAGCGAGGCGGCUCAGCAGUGGGCACGGCAGGAGAAGGUCAGGCUGUGGGAGGUCACUGUGACCGACAGACGGAUGCUCAUCGAGCCCUUUGUCCAUCUGGCCAGCAAAAUGACCCAGCCUCAGAGCAAAUCCACCUUCCCACUCAGCCGCAACAAGAACAAGGGCAGCGGCUCCCAGGACAGCUAGAGAUGAAGAAUAUGAGACAACAGAGCUGACAGAGUAACAGAAAGAGAAGAUAUGUUAGAUAGGAGAUGCAAGGCAAAUCUCUAAGUAGUGACAUUAACAGACGCUCAAUUUUAGAUCAUUCAAAACAUUUGAACUUGGAGUGCCAUUAUAAGUUUAGCACACUAUAUGAAGUUACUGCAUUAAUGUUUUAUAUUAUAAACAUACAGGAUAGAAUCCAUGUGUUGCUGUGAUAUAUUUAUCUCAUGCCUCUCUUGAAGCAACUGACUGACAAAAAAAAAUACUGCUUUUACACUGAAAUAUAUAUA